AUGGCUACCCCCAUUCCGCCGGCUCCAGUCGGACCUGCAACCCUAAUCACUAUCAAAGUUCUCUAUAAUGACAGUACUCGACGCUUCAAGGUUCCUUUGAGAGAACUGGGUGCUCGGGUUCUUCCCCAGAAGCUCCGUCAACUCAUUGGCGUCCCAGCGGAUAGCAACGUCAUAUUUGAACGCUACUCGGACAGCGCUGGUUGCUACGUCCGCUUAGACAGCGAGAACCUCGCAGUUUACAAGCAACUCUACCGUGCUGCUAAAGCUAAAUUGAAGCUGCGCAUCAAAGCGACAUUGGUCGAUGAGGUGAAUGAGCCUGUUUCGCAGCCCUCUCCUGCCGAGAGUGCUCCGGAGGAACAGGGCCCAGCAAGAUACAGCUACCUGGAGACUGUCCUGAGUUCUCCCCCACCUGUCGUUGGGGCCGAAGUAGUUCCGCCUGGCACUUCUGAAUCGGUGCCUGACCUUUUAGGUGCCCUCGAGAAACCCGCUUCAGUUGGGCCCCAAUCUGUUCAGUGGACAAAAGAUAACGUCGCACCCGCUCAGCCUUGCUAUCGAGACUUUGUCCUAAACACAGAUAACGUCGAUGUACCCAUCGUCUCGCACAGGUCCCCAACUGGGGUAUUCUGUAUUGACUGCAACAACUGCGGACGUUCUAUUCCCAACGAACACUACCAUUGCAGCCUUUGUGAAGACGGAGAUUUCGAUCUAUGCUCUCAAUGCGUAAACUCGGGGGUCUCGUGUCAGUCUGAAGAUCACUGGCUGAUCAAGCGUAUUGUCGAGGAUGGCAUUGUCACUAACAGCACUACUGAACGAGUGGCUCCUCGCAAGGUUGAGAAACCGAGAGAGCCUAAGACGGGGUCUGAAACUCUGCCUGAACUCGCUCCCGAGAAAGUCCCAGAGCCUACUCCAGCUACAGCUGAAAAGUACCCACUUCAACCGGUGGAGCGGAUCUGCAACGCUUGUCUCAAGGAUUUCGAUGAGACCAAGAUGGUCACAUGCGCUGACUGCGAAGACUAUGACCUUUGCGUGACCUGCCUUCUGAAAGACGCGCACGGCCAUCAUCCGGCUCAUCGUUUCUCACUCCUCCACGACCAAGACUUCUGCCUGAAGAGUCUCGUGCAGUCGCGUUGCAGCCCUGGCCGCCAUCACCAGCAUGCAGCGAUCUGUGACGGUUGUGAAACGCGCAUCAUUGGUGUUCGCCACAAAUGUCUGACCUGCCCCGACUGGGACUAUUGCUCGGAGUGCGUUGGCAGCGCCGCGCAAAGCCACCCAGGCCAUCGCUUUGCACCCCUUUAUGAGGCCAUCUCGGAGCCACUACAGCAUCAUGAGGUUCACUAUGGCAUCUACUGCGAUGGACCAUUGUGCAAAGACAGGCCGUUCCCCCGCUACAUCACUGGAGUCCGGUUCAAGUGCUCUGUGUGCCACGAUACUGAUUUCUGCGCCAAAUGCGAAGCCCUACCAACCAACCCCCAUAAUCGCACCCACCCAUUGCUGAUGCUCAAGACACCAGUGCGCGGCGUUACUAUCAGCAACUCCGUGACUGAGAACGGGCUCGGUGGGCCCGUCAUCCUUGCAGGUGACCAAGUCAAGAGAUCUACCUCCGCACAAGCCAAUAUUCCAGCGGAAGCCGAGACGUCUUCAGAGGCGCCAAGCAGCGUGGAAGAAGCAGCUGUGAAGCAAAAGGAAAUCGCGGAGCCAUCUCCAACAGCGGCCGAAAAGGCGCAAUCCAAGGUGUAUGAGAUGCCAACUACAGAUCCGGCUUCCAGCUAUCUCGCUUACUUUACACGUGACACUGUCCAUGACGGCACCGUCAUGCCACCGAAUAAGGUAUUCCAGCAGACAUGGACACUCUACAAUCCUGGACCACUUGCAUGGCCCGCUGGAAGUAGUGUGCGCUUUGUGGGCGGUGAUUCGAUGUUCAAUGUGGAUACCAAUCGCCCCAUGAGUCUCGAUGCAGUCUCCGCCGCUAUGGAGAGCAACCAGCUCCUCGAACCCUUGGAGCCUGGCCAAAGCGCCGACUUCACGGUGACUCUGAAGGCCCCGAGCCGGGUCGGUACUGCCAUCUCGUAUUGGCGCUUGAAGCUCACCAACGGCAUGCCCUUCGGUCAUAGACUCUGGUGCGAUAUUCAGGUGCGCGACGACAUGGCCACGUCCACCAAGCUGGAGCCUGUACAGGAAGCCUCUCGCGAACCCGAGCAACAGGCAGAGGCGGCUCCGGCCGAUGACACUGAACGCACGGGAAGUCAAAUGAUCUUCCCUACCCUGGACAAGGAGUCACCGGUCGGGAGCACCCACCAGGCGAUGGUUGCAGCUCCUUUGACUGCCCCUUCCGUGUCCAAUCCAUCUGAGCAAGAUGUCCUUGAGGACGUGGAGAGUUUAACCUUGGAUGAUGCCAACACCGAGACCGGGUUCCUGACCGAUGAAGAGUACGAUGUUCUGGAUUCCAGCGACCAAGACUAUCUGGAAGCCCAAUCUCAGGUCUAG